AUGGAAGGCACAACAGCAGAUCGGGAUCAGAGCCAAGGGGGCCAGGUGACACCCCCAACAGCUUGCUCCCCCCUGAAUGUUGCCAAGGGAGCAAUUCUUAAGUAUACAGAAACGGAUUAUUCUAUACACGUUGGGGAAAUAAGGGGAAACGUGAGGGUACACCACAAAAAAAGGGAGACGAAAAAACGGAAGAGGCUGUACAGGGGGGGUCGGGUGUUGCCCCCAAUGGGGUAUGAACAAAGUAUCACAAAAAUUAAAAGGGUGAAAAGCGACAUAUAUAAAAGGGUGCUACGGGGAAGUAACCCAUUUGAUGUAUAUUUAAUAUGUAACCCGAAGGAGGGGUUAAGAAGGAAAAAGAAGAAAAAAAAGAAGGUCCAACCCCUCCGUCGAGAAGGUGAAUCACCCCAUCUUGUCACGCUCAUCCACGGAUGCGUAAAACGCGAAGGCGCAAUGUCACACGCAAAGAGGAACUUCUUCCCAUUUUUAAACUCCAUUUUUGUAAACCCCAUAAGACAAUUGGCCAAGCAGAUGAAUCCAAGAAGAAGAAGCCACAGCAGGACAAUAAAAGAUGUUGCUGUGAUGGAGGUACAGAAAACAAGAGGAAGGAAAAGGCACCACUCUGAGGAUUCCCCCCAAUGUACGCACAGCAGUUUCCACUGUAAUGGGGACGGCACGCGGAAUGCACCACCUUCGAUAGAGUGCACGGCAGGAGUGGGGGGUAGUGCGAAUGAUAAGGCCAACGAUAAGGCCAAUGAUAAGGGAAGCGGCACUCGAGACGAAUCAGCUUGUGGUGACUUUCCCCGUGAUGACCGCGAACAGGGGGGGAAAGAAAAUGAGGACAAGACCCACGGUGCAGGUAGGAGUGGUGAUGAAGAAGGAAGCAGCAGUGGGGAGAAAGACCAAAAGGGCGGACGCGCAAAUGAUGAGAGCGAUCAGAGUGACCAAAGCGAUCAGAGCGACCAGAGUAGCCAAACCGAUGAACGUGAUCAACACGAUAAACGGGAUCAACGGGAUCAACGGGAUCAGCACGAUCAAUGCGAUAAACGUGGGAGAAGCCGGGGUAACCACCCCGGGAGGGAGUCCCAACCCAGUAGCAGCUUCAAGUCCAACCGAGCCAUGUACACAAGCGCGAAGGUGCAAACACAAAUAACAAAGUGCACACGCCGAAGGAAGAAAAUUGUUGUGAGUUCAUCCACAUCGAACGAUAAUGAAUCCUCUAUUUAUAACAUUUUUGAAGAAGACUUUAGCUUCUUUUAUCCGAACAAUUCAAACCCGUUCAGCUACUGCGGUAGUGACAACCGAGAUCGGACCUGGGGCAGGAUGUGCAACCCCUAUGAGGUUAACAAAGACACCAAUUGGAAGAACCGAAUGGACCACCUCUAUAACGCGAAAGGAGGGGUAGAGUACACUCAAACGGGGUAUAGAAGUCAAAUGGGAAUUUUUCAAGAAGGUGUGUUCGUACCAUCAGAUGGAGGUGCCUUGGACGGGUUAUCUGACCAAAACGGGGGAAAAACCAACCAGAGAAGGAAGAAGAAAAAGAAGAGAAAGAAAAAAAAAAAAAAAAAAAAAAUUAUGGACAGGAUGGAUAAUACGGUUGACCCAAUGGGUGAGGAAGAACAGACAGAUGUAAUCAACCCUGGGAAGGCACACAGAAACACGCAAAGACAUACACAGAUCGGUAACCUUGGAGGGUACUCAGACCACUACACCCCCAGCAGCUCCAAAAAUUCCUUUACAUACAGUGAACAAGUGGACAUAUGUGAUAAAACAAACGCCAACAUUUUCCUCUACAAAAAGGAAAACAUUCUACAUUUGAAGAAAACCCACGAUAGAAAUAAAAAAAAAAAAAAUUACAACGACAUUAUUCAUCACAUAGAUACCAUUGUAAGUGUUAAUAGAAAAGUAAAAGUGGUAAUUAUAGGAGCGGGUUUGUCAGGACUUGCAGCUGCAUAUGUCUUGCUCAAUCAUAACGUAGAUGUAACUGUGUAUGAAGCAAGAAACCGAAUCGGUGGCAAGUUUUUCUAUUCACCGAAUGGGAAAAAAAACUACCUAGGAGAAAUGGACUUCCUAAUCAAUCGUAAUAACCCCCUCAUAAACUUCUGCCUGAAGAAAAACAUCUACCAUAAAGAUGUAAACAGGCACCUAUACAAACAUUACAUAUACUUUAAUGGGAAGAAAAUUUAUAAGCACGAAAUGAGAAGCGAAUUCUUCAAGGUCCUUUACAAGUUAAGGUUCUACUAUGACCAGAUUUUCAACUCCGCCUUUUUUCACAAUUUGAAAAAUAAAAACGCCAUUCUCCGUAUGUCGCUUGGUGAGGCCAUUCGAGCAGAAAUCGCUAAAAUGAAAAGCGAAAAGAAUCCAAAAAGUUUGCACGUAAAAUUGUAUGUUUCCUAUAUAGAAGCCACUGCGGGAAUUGACUUGGACUCCCUGUCCAUCCAGUACCUCUUCUACAACCUCAGCUUCCUCGACGUACUCCAAAACAUCUGUUGCAACUUUGAGCUCACAGAAAUAUUUAAAAGAUUGAAAAAAAACCUUGUCAUAAAAAAAAAUAAAAUUGUAAAUAAAAUAUACGCCUACAAUGGGAACAUAAAAAUUGGCUUCUGCAAUCAUGUGGACAAUAGACUCUACGACUACUGCAUCGUGACCGUUCCUAUUGGAGUUCUGAAGGACAGCGUCAAAUUCUUCGGUCGCAAGAACAAGGGGAGAACCCACCAUCGGGGGUGCACGAUCCAAAUGGGAACGUUAAAGCGGAUUGGAGAGAUACCCCAUAUAGCGGAUCCUCCCAACACUGACCAGCACACCGCUACGUGUGCUGCUACACCACAAGGGGACAAUUUCCCCCAGGCGCAAUUAAAACAACCUCAAAGGGGGGAUCAUCCGAAAUGUGUUACUACUUUAGAGGUGAACGGGGAGUUUCCACAUCGGGAAGGAUUGUCAAUCCACCCCCCCUCCGAAUCACACAGCGCACCCCCUUGUGGGAUAAACCAUAACCAGAACACAUCUACCUCAAGCGACUACCUAAUCAAUAACAUAGAUGUUACAACGAACGACAAUAGAAGCACCUGCAGACUCAAAGGUUCCAGCAACAACGGGGUAGUUUACUUCAGUGGGGAAGGAUGCACGAGCGUGGCCAGGUGCUCCUCCGAAACGAACAGCAACAACCUCAACGUCUGCGAGGUGGAUAAACCAUGUGAUCUUCUAUGUGGAACGGUUUGCAGCAGACUGGAUCAGGACCGUACUCCAAAUGGGUACUCCUUAGAGAAGGCCCAUGCGGAAAGUCCACACACAUCCUACAGGCAGGGCACCUUAUCCGAUGGGAAGAACACGCACAUCUUCAACCAUGGGAAUCGGGUCAUAAGUAAGGAAGGGAACCCCAAAGGAUCCACCCUCCACAAUAAUAUAAGUCAACAACGAGUGGCCAAGUAUGCAGAGUGUAUUUCGGGGGAUCUCCCAAAGGGGGGCAUUAACAGAGUGGAUCCUGCAGAAGGAAGAAAGCAAAACGGUAAACAAAAGAGGAAGAAGCACAGUAAAGGGGAUCCUGCCGGGAAACCACAUGGAAACCCAAGGAGCCAUCCCAACACAACUGUGAGGGACCUCCCCGACCAGGAAAGCACAGGACUUAUUGAAUUCAUUCCAAAGCUCCCCAAGUGGAAGACAAACAGCAUUCAAAGAUUGGGGGUUACAAAAAAUAAUAAAAUUGUUGUCACAUUGAAGGAGAGGAUUGUAGAGAGCACGCAAAAUGUGAGCAUUUUUUUUAACCACAAAAAAGGGAAAAGGGAGGGGAUCCCCCCAAAGGAGGUGGUUUCCAGAGAAGUGUCCAACAGGGAUGACCUCUUCAGAACUCCUUCCCUUACACCCGAUCGGGGGAGUAGUAGCUCCUGCCGCCCCAGCAACGCUCACCUUGCCAACAACACGUCGAUGGAUAUUUCCCUCUCGACGGAGGUGUCCAAUUCGACAGAGGAUAAAAAUGGCCAAGGGGAGCUACUAGGAGGAGACACACACAACGGGGGAAUGUCCAUCGAGGAGACACGAAUGAACAUUGACGGAGCAGUCCACUGUGAAAAUGGCCCACCUACUAAGCGACCCCAUAACAGAAGUCAUGUCUACCGCCGUGCAGACGAAAGCAGCUUCAUGGGGUGCCUUAAGAGGGAGCGCCUCAUUAAUGGGCAGAAGUACCGAUCGACCUAUAACAGUCACAUCCGAACAGACAAAUAUAAUCACCUCAUCUUCUACAGUGCACACCCAGUAAUUGCCCUAUUUUUGAAAAACAGAUACAGAAAGAAAACAGCCAAAUUGUCCAAAAAAAGAAUUGUCACUGAUUGCAAGGCUUUUCUAAAGGACCUACUACCGGGGAUUAAAAUAGAAAAGAUAUGUUACUACGACUGGGUUGGGAAUAGAUUCUCUCGUGGAUUGAAUUCAUUCAUUGGGAGGAGGACCCUUCAAAUAGACAAGGACAUACUAUCCUUUCCAGUUAACAGAGUGCUGUUUGCGGGAGAGCACACACACAACAGCGGAUGCAGCUCACUGGUGAGUUCCUUCCUGAGUGGAAAGAGAGAAGCCUACAGGAUCAUCGAGAAAAUUAACAAAUCCAUUUACAAGAACAAAUUGGUGAAAUACUUCUACAGCAGGGAGACCUCCGGAGAGGUGGAAGUGCCUAGCGGCAGGUGCACCAUUACCGUGGAUAGUGGUGGCAUAGACGCAGGUAACCCCACCUACAUGAAUGGAGAAGGUAGUCUCGUUAGGAAGUAUAACGAUAAUUCACGACCUUCUGAUCAGCCGGGCAACACUGCACCCCCCCAGAAAGGCUACAACCGACACGUACACCACCCAACGUACGGAGAAGCCAAGAACCCAAAAGAAAUCACCCUAAAGGACGUCGACUCCAACUACUUCCUUCACAUCUACGACGAUGAAGUAAUCGGCUUGGAAAGAAAAGAAUACAACGCAUGGUUCCAAAAUGUUAGAUGCAUCCUGUGUAACGAGAAACAAACACUAAGUAGACUUUUCAUUGGGGUCAUCAAGUUGAAGCAUAAAAACGGUUCCUACCUUAAGUAUACCUGUCAUAAGGACUGCCUCUACUUUAACAACUACACAUACAAUCACGUCUAUGGGAACAGGUACUUUAACCUCACUGUGCUUUUCAAUUUUCUCUUCUACAAGAGGUGCUCUAUUUGUUUACUUAACUUCCCCUCCCUAAAGUGCAGCUUAAAAAACUGCAACAAUUUUCUUCACGUGAACUGUGCCAGCAGCUACUUAUCGUGGCCCAACUUUAGCAAGACCAGUAGACAUGAGAUCCUCUACUGUUACAAGCACCAGUACAUGCACGGGAUUUAUCACAACUACUAUGAGGAGGAGGGAAGUGAGAAUUUCCUUCGCGUACGCAGAGGUAGGGACAGUCGUGGUGGUUACUUGCUCGGGGUGGACGCGGGGGAGGGACAGAUGCGACGGGAUCAAAAGGGAAUCAUCGAAAGAGAAAACUGGGAUGAUGACGACCCAUAUCGGUACAGUGACCGUCACACUGAUUACAACUCCUUCCUGUUGCCCCUACACGGGUGCUACCCCCCCCUUCGGGACGGAACAAACCAACCUACUAAGAAGAACUUUGCCCUUUCGGCCAACCAGUCCCCGUUCCACUACACAGACGGAUUCUGCAACCCCCCCAGAAGCAGCAUCAAAAAUAAGUACCCACCCAUAGAAGAACUUACCGACAAUGUGCAUGCAAACAUAAGCAAGCUAAUGAAGCACUACAGAGACAAAAAUGACCAGAGGUCAGCACAAACUGACCUCACCACCAACCUUAGAAGCUUCAAUUACGUUAGCGAAAAUUUAUAUAUGUAUGUAAAAAAAAAAUACACGAAAGCUUUCCCUUCAUCGGAUCCGUUAAGUGCUUUGCUGCGUGAACUACCCUUCAGGGGUGAGGCCAACCCAGGGGAAGUGUUACGAGGAUUGGAUAGAGGUCUCCUCGGGUUGAGCUACCUAAACAGAGAUGUACUCCUCCUGAAUGGGUUACUUAGGAUAUCACGUCUGCAUGGGGUGGGAUCUUACUGCCAACCGGACGUGAUGCUUCCUAUGGACGGCAGGUACGAUGGUUUUCAGGAGCAGGAGUUUUCAGAGCAUCUGCACAGUUACCAGAAGGACACUAAUGCUAACUCAGUGGAGAGGAAACGCCAUGAGACCAACCCCGUUAAAGCAACCAACCGAGCGAACGCAACUAACUUACGGAAUGACGCCACCCUGGGAAGUACACGAAGCGGUGCUUUUCUCACCGAAGAAGAUUCAGCUAUCCUAAAGUUAAUGUGCGAACAAGGGGUUUUUGGCACCCCCAAAAAAGGUGGUCGGUUUUAUCAACCCAGCAGUAGGCACAUGCAGGUCGAUAGGAACACUAACCGGGUGGAGGGCCAAACGAAACGGAGGGAUGACACCAGAAUACAUACGUACAGGGGUAUGAGAAGGGGGGACUCUUCACGGGAAGGUCCCAUUGGGGCAGCAAAUGCUGACAACGCAGAGUUAAGAGAACAAACAAAACAGAGACAGAUGCAACAGAUGAAGGAUGCCAACCCACCAGAGAGCAUACCCCAUGUGGACCGCCUCAAUUGUAACCUCAUGUUGCACCUGCUCUCAAACUACUUCCAAGAGGUGAGACAAUCUAAGAAAAGAAUAAUGAACAACACAGGGGGGCUAUACACACCGGACGGGCGAACAAACGGUGCCAACUGGGAAAACGCGGAGGGGGAUUCCUUCCAGAAGCAACUCCCUAAGGAGGCACAAAAACGAAUCGGUGGCAUCAUGAGUUACCCCCAGAACGUUGCCCACAAGGAGAACCAAAUCAACAUGGAAGCGCAGCAAAAUAACAACCGCUUCGCUAGCGAAGAUUGCAUCGACCAGACGAACAUAGUUAGUAGGCAGAUGCACACAGGAGUGGCAAAACUAGCGGAACCGAAUCAGUCGAAAAAAAAGAAAAACGUCCCACACGAUAACAAACUUGAGGUGCUUUACAAGCUGUACCUCGACAAGAACAACCUGCCCUACUCGGAUGAGAAGGAAAAUGAUCCCUCGCCGAAUGGGACGGGUAAAAGAUUGUUUCGAAACAAGUUGCUGGAAAAUUACUACCAUAUAUUGAAUGGGAACCUGAGGAGGGAGAAGAUGAAGCAGAGUGGGAUGGAUGCGAACCAAAGGAAUGGCACGCCACGUGAAAACGCAGGAAGGAGAAGCCACGUGCCGAUGUCCCAACAUACGCAGCAGGGGGAAGUGCCCCCAACGGCACAGGCGAUCCAAGUGGAAACCGUGUUAAGCAACCAGGACAGGCGAAGGGGGGACAGUUCAACCACUUCACAAAGGGAAAGCCAUCCAGAAGAACACAUCUCCAGCCGAACUGCCCACGAAAUAAACGUAAGGAAAGAACAAAUCAAGGAAAACCAGAACCAAAAUAUAAGAUCCCACUCUCAUGUCGAACCAGCCAACUAUAUAAAAAGGAAGACACUGCUGCAUGAGGAACAGCCGAUCGAUUACAAAGGAACUCGCUUCUUUCACACACAGAACGGGAGGAAGAAUCAAUUCUUACCCCAUGAUGGGGUGGCAAAAAUGAGGAGACAAGAGGAUAUAAACCAAAGGGUACACAUAAUUGAUGACAUAAUCGAGGGAGAGAAAAGCUGCAGUUACAACAGUCGUGUUCUAGGAAAAGAGAAGAAAAAAAAAAAUUACACGAAUGCACCGGACCACACGAUUGAACAACUAUUGUUCAACCACUUUGGAGGCGCUGAGUCGGUUCGAAUCCUUAACAGUCUGAGCCGGAGGGAGAAGGAGCAGCUCAUUUCGAUUCUGCUGAAUGUGAAAGGUGAAGCAGGUGAUUCGGUCGUGGAGAACGGGCAGGAAGAGGAUCAGACGGACGAGAUGCAAGGCCUCCAGGACGGCGAAAGGCAAAGGGAAGAAAACAGCCACGGAGCAAACUCCUUCUCCCCGUUGAUACACACCAAGAGCAACCCACCAACAGAGCAACACGGAUUAUCGAAUGGGAACAAUUGGACCUAUAACAGGAGAAGGAAAAGGAAAGGUGCGGCUUCCUUAUCGUACGAUGAUGGGGAGGAGGGGUACUUUACGGAUGGCGGUCCGUCCAAAGCGGCAUGCAGCGCAGCUCCACCAGCACAUAGUGAACACAACAGGACGAACCCGCUAAGUACAAAUGGCAUGCCCACAAACGAGAAGGAAUCAAGCAUGAGCAGCAGUAACCAGAGUAAACAGAAGGGAAGGAUAAGAGAAAAUAACGUCCCCACUCCGAUGGGAAACUCCUCCGACGAAAAGGAAAAAAAAAAAAAACUCAACACAGCUUCGUCAAAUGUGAGUAGCCCCUCCAGUGCGUUAAUCAGGAACAGUGGUAGAAACGAUUAUUACGGUGGUGUGUUCCCCUUCUACGUGUGUGAGGAGAACAAGGAAAGGGUCUCCAACUGGAAAGAUAAUUACCACAUAAGGGGUGACAUCCCCAGAAGGUACAUCAGCAGAAGGGGCUCAGCGGCAAAUUAUACCACCUACAAGGAAUUAGGCACACACCAAUUUAAUCGAAGUAGUAGAACGCACAGUCACCAGUAUGACGGCAGGCCGCCCAUUAGAAUUAGAACAAACCUUACUAGCUACAGCGACUUAGAGAGACGCUCCCUGGUGAGAGGGAGAAGAUCCAGAAGCAGAACCGGAAGUGGACGGUUUGGGGAUUACCACAAAGAUAGGAUAACCAGGAGAAAGCUCGCCCAUGUGGGAGGCAGGUGGGGACUGGCCACCGCAACAACCACCACAGCAACCACUGCUACUACUACCUGCACAACUGCUACCGAGGGCACCGCUACCACCACGGCCAGUGAUCCCUUUAACGGUUCUAACUCGAAGGAACAAGUGAACACGUCGGAGCGCACCCAGUUUAGUGCACCCUUACCGGGGGAACCCAAAAGAAACAACGCAAAGGAGACCACCCACUCUGGCAAUAACACAAACAAUCAAGUGCAAUCCUACCACGAAGGAUCUAAUACAAAAAGGAACAAUCACGACCUAGAUAAGUUACUGCACCUGAUCCGGAGUAGUCAGCACAUAAGAACAGACAAAGAACAAGCCACACAAAUUAACAGAAUAGUUAGCGAACUAGCUAACUCCUCCUUUAACACCGAGAGGGGCAUUCAUCCAAGCACCAUCACUACGGAUUGUACACAGAUAUCCGCCCAUCAUGGCGGUGAGGAGUCCACCCAAGAUGCUACACAAAGAAGGAACAACAACCUAAGCAGAAGGAAAGAUCCCAACUACAAUUUGAGGCCACUUAAAAAUAGCAUAUAUGAUGGUGGUAGGAUAAUGAAAGAGAGGACUGCGAACUAUACUGACGACGGACCUGCACACACUGCUAUGAUGGAGAACAGACCUGCCAGCAGAUUAUUUGAUCACCAAAGAGGAACCUCAGUCCCACCUGGGGUAGCACCACCGGCAAACGUAGACCAAAAUAAAGAGGCACAAAUUGUAGGCAGACAAAAAAAUAUUACAGGCUACCUCAUCGACUGGGGUAACUCUACCAGCGCAAACGCAGCCAACAGCACAAACGCCGCUAACCUUGGCAACGAAGCGAACACAGGAAACUUCCCCCAUGAGGACGGGCGAAGCAAAAGCAACAACUGCCAACCACCCCAGGUGGAGGGGCUCCACAGUAGUGCAUACGAUACAGACCUGAGCAGUAGCCACAUGGGCACGCAAGCCACCUACAGCUUCAUCCAGUACAACUUAAGAAAUAACAACCUAAUCAACAAUGUGCUUAGUGACAUGAAGUCGAAUCUCCCUCAGCAUAAUUUGGUGAAGACCUCGAAUAGCUGCGCGUAUCCCGAUGCGAUGGAGGAUACUAAGGACGUAUCGUUUUAUCACUCCAAGAAGAGACGCAAGUUGUAG